UGGGACUUUGCUGCCAACCAAGUUCAUUAUUUGAGCUUAUAGAAAUUUAAUGAUAUUUUAAAAUAUUAUUUCCCAAAUUAACUUUCCUCAAUGCCUGACAAAAAGGAGUCCGGCAUCAUGUCCUGCGACAUUGAGAUCAAGGGCAAAGUGCCCAAGGAGGCCUUCGAAGUGUUCACUGCUGCUCAGGCCAAGACUAUGGGCCUUCGAGGUUAUAUCAGCCAGGUGAGCGAGGAAUCCUGGAAGGGUGUCCUCCAGGGUGAGGGCAAGGUCAUUGAGGCCUUCAAGAAGCUCAUUAUGGCUGCCGCCGAAUACGUGGAGGCCAUCAAGGAGUUUGUCAUCAAGAAUCUAAAGGCUAUCGAGGACUACACUUACAAGACUUUUGAAGUGAAAAAGAAAGCAUAAAAUUUAUGAUAUAAAUAUUUAAUUUUAA